CAGCUUGAAAACUAGAAUAAAAUCAACGAUACUCAUAUUUGACAAGUCUAGCAGCACACAUCCAGCGUGAUGCAUCGCAGCGAGCGAGGCCGCGAUCAUGACAGCACAGAAGACGAGGACUCCCCCCUGAUCCCAAGUCCGCCUGCUGCGGUCUCAUCCCCGACGCCAUCAGGAAAACAAAUCCUGCAGGUCAUCUUGUUGUGCGCAUCGGCGACUCUGAUUCUGGAUAUUGGUCUCACGGUCGUGCUUGCCCCGAAGAUUCGAUUGUUCGAGUCGAUUCUCUGCCAGGAAUACUACCGGACCCAUGACCUUCAAGGGCUGAUUCGAGAUAUCCCCGAAUCACAAUGUAAGACGAAAGAGAUUCAGUCCGCGGUCGCACGCUUGAUCGGCUGGCAGACGGUGUUUGACAGUCUUCCGGCCAUUUUUCUGGCAAUCCCGUAUGGAGCCUUGUCCGAUACCAAGGGCCGCAGACCAGUUCUUUUGCUGUGCUUCCUGGGCCUGACUCUAUCAACUGCUUGGACCUUGCUUGUGUGCUGGCUGCAGUUACCCCUGGAGCUAACGUGGAUCUCAUCUCUCUUUCAGUGCCUAGGGGGCGGUCCAGCGGUAGCAACCGCUGUCUUGGAGGCCACCAUCGCCGAUGUGGUGCCAGAUGACAAGAGAUCCACCAUUUACUUCCAAUUGCAGGCUGCGGUAUUGAUCUCCGACAUUUUAGCCAAUCCCCUGUCGUCCAUUCUCAUGGCCCACAACGUCUGGAUCCCCUGCUUCUUAGGCCUCAGCAUCCAGGCGCUUGGCACAAUUCUUCUGAUGGCGCUUCCAGAAACGCUAAGCUUUGCUAGAGCUCUGUUGCCGCCGGCUGAGUCGGCCCACGAAUGUGAAGAGGAAGAGCAGACGCUGCGCGGUCGCUUGGCGAAGAAUUUCCGCAGCAUCGUGUCAGAUCGGAAUGUCGCGGGACUGGUAUUCGGUCUGCUCGUCCUGACAAUCAGUGCGGAGUCAGUGGAUUUCCUGCUCCAGUACGUUUCCAAACGAUAUGGCUGGUCUAUUGCCAAGUCGGCUAUGCUCCUGUCCUUGCGGGCGGCGGUCGAGUUUGGGCUGCUUCUCAUUCUUGGGCCCCUGCUCUUGUUUCUGUCAUGGCCCAGUCUGCGCGAUCCUCAACAGCGUGAUCUCUGGGUAGCCCGCGUUAGUCUAGGGUUCAUUGUCUUAGGGUUCCUCAUCCUUUCGCUCUCUCCUACUGUGGCCCCAGCAAUCCUUGGAUUGAUUAUUUACACACUGGGUGCCGGUUUUCAGCCGGCCGUUAUGAGUCUCCUAGCUUCGGUCUGGAAGGCGUCAAACCCAGCAAACCUCGGCAGUCUCUACAGCACCGUAGCGAUCAUCUUGGCCGCUGGAGGGGUGAUCGCCGGCCCACUGCUCUCAUUCAUGUUUCAGGUCGGGCUUCGUCUCGGAGAUGCGUGGGUCGGUCUGCCGUACUUUGUGUCUGCCUGCCUCUGCGCAGGGAUUGCUCUGGUUAUGCUGUCCGUCAGAUUGCCAGGCAGACCCAGUUUGUCCGAGAUGUGAAAUGCAGUGGAUGCAGGAACACCAGGCAGCCAUGUUUUCGUUUUCUCCGGCCGCGUUCAAGAUGCAUAGUGCUGCUGGCUAUAAAGGCAGGCUGUCUCGCUGUGCUCUAGGAAAUGUAACAUAUGACUUUCGAUCUUAUAUUAUGCUACUAUUUACGACAUAGAACGAGAGAAUUAACG